ACCACCGUUCUUCCGACUCCGCCCCGGGUUGAAUCGGCACAAGCCAUUUCCACUUAUCGUACAGGCGCUGCAUUGGUGCUGUCCGUCCAGGUCACGUGGGUGCCAAGAUGGCGACCCCUAGAGCACACGGCAAGCUUCAAGGUGUGUGAAGCGGUGGCGGCUGCGGAAGCGGGUCAAGUGUGUGGGUUUCACGUUCGUGGAGCUUGUUGGUUCGUUCGGCGCCGGGGAGCACGGUUUUUGUGCCUGAGAGGAGCUGCGGAAAGAAAAAGGCGUGUGCCAUGGUGACAGAGCAGGAGGUGGAUGCCAUUGGGCAGACACUGGUGGACCCUCAGCAGCCCCUGCAGGCCCGCUUCCGGGCACUCUUCACACUUAGAGGGCUCGGUGGCCCGGGUGCCAUUGCCUGGAUCAGCCGGGCCUUCUGCGAUGACUCCGCCCUGCUCAAGCAUGAGCUGGCCUACUGCCUGGGCCAGAUGCAGGACCGCCGGGCCAUCCCUGUGCUGGUGGACGUGCUACGUGACACCCGCCAGGAGCCCAUGGUGCGCCACGAGGCAGGGGAGGCCUUGGGAGCCAUUGGUGACCCAGAAGUUCUGGAGAUCCUGAAGCAGCACUCCACCGACCCGGUCGUUGAGGUGGCUGAGACGUGCCAGCUGGCUGUCUGUCGGCUGGAGUGGCUGCAGCAGCACAGCGGGGAGCCAGCGGCAGCAGGGCCCUACCUCUCGGUGGACCCUGCCCCGCCAGCCAAGGAACGUGACGUGGGUCGGCUACGGGAAGCACUGCUGGAUGAGGCCCGGCCGCUCUUUGACCGGUACCGGGCCAUGUUUGCCCUGCGAGAUGCCGGUGGCCUGAACUGUGGCAGUGCCCUCUUUCGCCAUGAGAUCGGCUAUGUUCUGGGCCAACUGCAGCACGAGGCGGCUGUGCCCCAGCUGGCGGCAGCCCUGGCUCAGCAGACUGAGAGCCCCAUGGUGCGACAUGAGUGUGCUGAGGCCUUGGGAGCCAUUGCCCGGCCCACCUGCCUGGAUGCCCUUCGGGCCCACGUGGCGGACCCUGAGCGCGUGGUGCGGGAGAGCUGUGAGGUGGCCCUGGACAUGUAUGAGUAUGAGAUGGGGCCGGCCUUCCAGUAUGCUGAUGGACUGGAGCGGCUGCACUCCCACGCCUCCUAGAGCUACUGCCGGACUGGCUGGUGUCUCUUCCCUGCAGGACCUGGGCAUGUAAAGUGAAUCUGUAUGAAUUGGAUCUGGCUUCCUUGGCUCCCUGAGCCUGUUUGCUUGGCCGGAUCCCAGCCACUUUCAAAUCUUGAGUAACCACCCCUGCCAGCCAGACUACCUCCUACCUUGGGGCCUAGCUCAGGACUUCGGUUUGCCCAGCAGGAUGUCAGUGUGGGAGGGUUGACCUGGGGGCAGGGCAGGGGUGGGGCUGUGUUCUGGGGAGGUUAAGUGGCCGAGCUCCUUCAGGAGUGGGGGGUGCAGGGAAAGGCACUGUGGGGAAACCUGUGCCCAGGGGGCCUGGGCAGGGUCUGGGUCUCUAACUCCCCGCCCUGGUCCUGGGUGGGUUGGGCUGGGGACUGGGACAAACAGGCCUUAGGUCUCUGCUCAAGUGGAAUAUUAAAUUAUUUUUUUGCCUUGUCUGGGUUGGCUCAUUUGGUUUGAGUAUCAUCCGGUGCACCAAAAGGUUGCAGGUUCAAAUUCCCUGUCAGGGCACAUUCCUAGGUUUCGGGUUUGCCCCCUGAUUGGGGCAUGUACAGGAGACAGUUGUACAGGAGGCAACCAGUAGGUCCAUGUUUCUCUCCCUCCCCUUUUCCUCUCUCUCUCAAAUAAACAUAAUCUCUGGUGAGGAUUAAACAACU